AUGGCUGCGUUGAUGAUGGUUAGAGAUAUAAAACCACGUAACGACGGGAACGAAGAACAUGAACAACAGAGCCCAACGGGCUCAGAGCCACAUAGUGGCGAGGAUACUGGUCGGGUUAUUCAAGACAUUAAAAACGUGUAUCCUGAAGUUAUUGAUUUAUUUAGAGGAGUUAAUGAUUCAAUUUCAAAACAUUCUAUAACCCUCGAUGAAGAGAAUAAAUUAACAGAUUAUAUAUUCGUCAUUAUUGCAGAAUUAAUGAAGAGAAUAAAUGAAAAAGGAAUUGGUGAUAUCAUUAAUGUCAGCGAUGUAAUGAUGAAAAGAAAUUUUGACUCAUUAUUUACAAAACCGAAAACAGAAUAUAGUCUUUAUGACGUAAUUACCGAAUUAAUGAAAAAGAUUAAUGAUAAUAAGAGUUCUGGCGGAAGAGUUGAAUUAGAAGUGAAUGAUGUUAAUGAGAAAUUAGCCGAAAAAGCAGAUAAAAAUGAGCUUUUAGCUCUGAGUGAUAAAGUCAAGAACCACGUUCAUUAUAUAACUUCAGACGAACAGAUUAUAACGGACUACCAUGGAUAUUUAACACGAAGUGAUGAAGCGAAGACAAAAAAUGUUAAUGAAAGAAGAUAUAAAUACAUUCGUGCUAAAGGUUAUGACAUAAGCUGUACUGUACAGUAUGACACAGGUAAAGCACCAGAAGCAUUUAGUUAUAACGAUGAAAUUUAUGCCUCUACUUUCUCUGUUAAUGGUGUAUUAGUUGAACCAAGAUUUAUGUUAAGAGUUAAGGCAAAAAUAACGUUUGAAGAUGCUAUUAAAAGUAAAGCUGACAAAGUUGAACUCGACGCAACGAACAAAGUUUUGAAAUCUCAUAAACACAACAUCUCCGAUAUAAAUGAACUUCAAGCUACAUUAGACAGUAAAGCCGACAAGAACCAUACAAACGAAUCCUUCACUACUGUUAGAGCAGACGACAUAAUAUUGAACUUUGACCUUGGUUCAAGUGCACCUUUAGAGAAUCCGAGUACAAGCGUAAAAGAUACUCUUAACAAUUUAGAUAAGAGUUGCAGGAAUACCGAAGAUCAUGCCAGAAACUUUGAAGCAUAUGAACUACCAGCAAUGUUAGACAAGAAAGCAGAUAAAACUUAUGUGGAUGCAGAACUAACAAAGAAAUUUUCGAAACCAGAUACAAUGACAUUUACAACAGAAAUUAUAAAUGGUGAACCAGCAACUCCAUUUGAAUUUGUUAGAGGUCUUCAACCAGAUACUUUUGAAUUUUUCUUGGAUAAUUCUAUUGAACUAACAUUACAUUAUAAAAGUGGAACAAAUGCAACAUUUCAUCCGGGAGAUACAUUCCAAAUGGUAUUUAAUGACAUAAGUUCUUUAGAAUAUGUUUAUAGAGUUAUGAGCAUAUAUGAUUUAAUAUAUCCUAUAGGAGCUGUUUAUACGUCUAUGAAUCCAAUAAAUCCAAACACUUUAUUUGGUGGUAGAUGGUAUGAAAUAGUUGACAGUUUUCCAUUCUACACUAAUACGCAGUCAAUGAAGAUGGGAGGUUCAAAGAAAAUAGGUAUUGAAAACCUUCCUUCACAUAUGCAUAGGUUCAGUGGAAGAACAUCUGUGGAAGGAAACCAUUCACAUUCAAUAACAAAAGAGGUUAUACAAAUCUUGCAGCGGGUUCGGAUAGACAGGGAAUGCAUAGAUAUGAUAAUCACAACUGACCCCAAAGAUGUUAGCACAGGUAUUUUCU